AUGGCAUACGAGGGAACAUGGGGAACAGAUACCAGCCUUGUGAGCCAGAUCCUGGAGGAGGGUGGUGGUCAGUCAGAAGUAGGGUCAAGGAUACUUGGUGGGAAGUUCUUGGAAAGAAGUCGCAUUAAAAAGCCUGGGCAGGAGCUCUUUAAGAGUGAACCAUCUGAAUACUUCAAGGCUCAGGAUCUGUUUAUUGGAGCCAGAGUUUGUUUCCAUGGCCACAAUUUUCUUUUGGUGGAUGCUGAUGAGUACACUAUCAACUAUAUGGAGAAGCAUGCAAAUGAGUUCGCUGUGGCUGAUACUGCUUUCAUCUUCAAGAAACUGAAAGACAUAGCUGAACCUCGUUCCCGAGAAAUCAGGCAGGUGUUUGCAGCUGCUGACCCUCAGCAUACCAAGGUGAUAGAGUAUGACCCUUUCAGAAAUUUGAUAAUCAGUAUCACAGAUGGAGCAUUUUCAGAGCAUGAGAUUAUGACCCUUGGACGCCAUUACAGAGAGAAAGAAGAAUAUGAAAUGGACCACUACUUCCUCCUUGCAAAGGCUCAAGAACAACUAAAGAAAAAUAGCUUUGAGAAUUUUGAACAACUGUCUAUAGUACUUGGGUACAAUGACCAUGAAAAAUGCGGAGUGUUACCCUAUGAGACCUGCAGGACUAUUUGCAAAUCCUUCAAGUUGCCACUGUCUGAUGAUCUUCUACAAACUAUACUGACAAUGUUUGAAGAUGACCUUAAGCAAGUGGAAUAUAAAAAGUUUGUGGAUGCAGUGAAUUGGAGAGAGAAUCAAAUCCCUGCUUUCCAGACAAUAAAGCUUACUCCUCAGAAUGAAGAUGACUGGAACAGACAGCCACCAUUCCUUCCUGUGAAAAGAAUCAAAUACUUGCCUCUCCUGGAUGACCUGUUUGGCAAAGAAGAAUGAUCCAAACUGUGAAAGUCACUGUUUUUGGAUUAGUGUUUCUGCUCCAACACUUACUUUGAUAUUGAAGACAUUUCAGGUUAAACAAAACAAGACAGAUGCAAGUUUUAUUACAUUUCUUACUUAAGCAUAUAUAUGUACUUUGUGUUUUUUUAACUCCUAAAUCAACAGUACUCUUUAAUGCUUAUGCAAGCACAAUUAAAACUAUAAUCAGAUGGUCAGAUGGAGAAUGUACAAGCAGCAGCAAUUACUUGAGUCAAAUACAACAAAAUCUGACUGAUCUCACUUUGUUCUGCUAACAGAGGAGGUUGUUGGAUAACCUCUUGUAAUAUUAAGUCAGAUAGAAUUGGCACAGUAAGAUAAUUCUCUUCACACUUCCUCUGUUGCUUUUUAUCUUCUAUUUUUUGCUAUACCCAUACAGUAAUACUUAAGUGCUACGUAUGUCUAAGUUUGUUAUUUUACAGAGGAAGUAGUUGCAAGAUUUUAAAACAAUGUCAGGUUGUUCUGGUAUCAGAGAUAAUUAUAACCUAGUAACAUAGAAGUAAAUUUCCUGCAGUCCAUGUACAAAAGCUAUCAACUGUUGGUUUUUGUUUUAGAUGCAACUCAGAUUGGUAACUGCUCAGUUUUACUCAGGUGAGCCAUGAAUGAAGAAAAGGUAUUCUAGUUCCAUCUUAGUGAACUUCUUUCUUAUUGUGGCACUGAACUUGUCCUUUGAAAAUUGAUACCUUUCUCUUUGCUCAAAAUGAUGAUAACUAAGUGGAGUUCCUGUUAGCAUUUUUGUAUUUUUUAAGCUUGUGUCAGCUCAAAUUAGAUCUCAAUUUACUGUAUGAGCUUGUGAGAAAAGGAAUUACUUCUAUUUAAAGGAUGCAAGAGCUGUGGUGAAGGGAGGAGCUGCUCGUCCAUAGUGACUCCAUGGUGAAGGGAUUUGGUGUGAGCCUGCUGCUGAGAAGCUCACACAGUCAGUAGACUGAGAACCCCAUGCAUUCUGUAAUCCAAAAUUGCAAUUUGAUGUGAAAGCUUGAUGUAAAAGGAUGAGAAUUAAGCAUUUUUAAAUCCCCAGACUGAGAGAAAAGCAGUAGUUCAAAGAAUAAUUUGAGUUUUUUGAAACUUAUUGAAGUACUCCAAAUUGUAGACAAGACUAUGUACUACGUUUUAUUCCAAAAGAGGAAAAUAGUUUCUUACAUGACAAGAAAAUUAUCUGAUUGUGGGGAUAGUGUCAGGAGCCAAAACAAUAACAGCUUGCAUUUGGAACUUGUUUGAUGAAAGCUGAAGACUUUUUAAACAUGGCAGCAAAACUGGUUUUGAUGCUUUAAAUGAAUACAGUUGCCCUCAUAACUUUUUAAUGUGCCCAGACUUCAUCAAGAUAUCUUUUAGCUGUUGAGAUCUUGUACAGAUGACAGUUUUGAAGGAAGAGAGUUUCCGAAGAUUGAAUCUGAACACUUAAAACUUUCCAAGUAGCUUUUAGAGACAGGAAACUUCAUGUGAAUAGGACAAAGGUUAAAAAAAAAAAAAAAAGGACAUAACAAAUUGUCAUACCAUUUUGUGUAGAAUCCCAUUUGUAUAGGUCUGAUCAAUCAUGAUCUGAUCUGGUCAUGGUUGAGAAUGGUGACUGCAAACUGGAUCCUGUGCAGAGAAGAACUAGAAAAGUGGCCAAGAGAACAGAAAUAAAGAAGACAAAAGAAGUGUGGCUUAUUUAAGGAAACAAAAUGAAGGCUCAAGGAGAAUCUGGCUGCCAUUAGUGAAUUUGUUAUGGGUAUGUAAUACAAGCAAGGGAAAUAAUCUUUUAGUUCAGAACAUAGGUAGUCUAAGAAGAAGUAGGUAUGGUUAGCCAUAAAUUUAAACUGGAGAGUAAAAGAGGGUUUCCAACCUUCUGAAUGAAUGAGGGUCCCUAACAGGCUUUCAAGAAUAAAGAGUAUAGUUAAUUUUAACACUAAAGAUGGAUCAUCCGAUAAAUGUAAUUUUAGGAUAUAUUACCUGUGAUACUGAGGACCAUAUCUGGUACUGAAUGAUUCCCCCUCUGCAGAGCCCAUGGAAUGAGGAUUUUUUUUCUUUUAAAAGUAAUAUGGAAUUAUCUGAUUUCUGAUGUUUCAGUAUUUCCUAUUGAUACUCUGCAUAUUUUGUUCACACCAUUCUGAAUUUUCCUUCCCACUUCUUUUUCUCCUUUUUUCCUAUGUAUUUUUCAUAACUCCAUUGAGCACAAAAAGGAUCUCCUAGUAGCAGAGCAGACAGGGACUGAAAAAUAUUUUCAGUGCUUGUCACUGUGCUCACAGUGUGUCAUAUGCUGUGGUCUGAUGUGUGGUAAACACAUUUCAAAAGGUUUCUUUUUUACACGCAGCAGCGCUUCCAGAGGAAAAGCUCCAGCCAAUGAGCAGUCCAAGAAUACUCUUUGUAUACUGUGACUUGCAGCAUAUGCUGCCCAGGAUAUUUCAAUCUCUCCUCUAAUCCUGCUACCAGCUUCUCUCUUUUCACAUUGCUGAUAGGGGGCCUGAAUGAAGACAAUACCACAAGAUAGUGUUUCAAGAUGGUAGGAGGCCACAGCUCUAAAGCAUGCACUGCAUAAAGAGAAAGCAGCCCUCACAGUUGCCAUUAAUCUCAGCUCUCUAUCUCUGUAGGGGAGCCAAAGAUAUCUUCUUUCCACAAGUAUCAGCGCCUUCCAUGGCAGGAUCGAAGAGAUUCACAUUACGGGACUGCCUCCCCAUCUCCCUACUGGGGUCUGCUGUGCAUUCAGUGUUAAUUUUCAUUUCCUGAACUUGGUAUUUGAGAAUAAAAGGCUUAAAGUUGUCUGCAAUAGCUGCUGCAGCAAGAACAGCAGUGAGGACCUGUCCUUGUGUGAGGAUGGUGCACCGCUUAGCUUGCAACUUUGAUCCAUUUUUUCUUGUGUCCAGUUAAGUACCUGCUCUGCUCACCUGCAGGUGGAUUCCCACAGACAUGGUAGGCCCAGGCAGUCACAGACAAUUGAACUUACUGCUGAGAUAUUUUUCUACAUCCUGCCUUUGCUGUAUUUUCCUAGGUAGAGCCAUUUGUACCAGUGUCAGACAGAUCAGGUCUUUUUCAUUUACAUAAUGAGAAGAUGUUGAAAGCUUCCUUCUGCAUUUGUUUCUUGUUGAUGGGAAUUAAUCCUACUUCACAGUAGGAAAGCUCUUCACAGAAAAAAUAUUAGGCUCUGUUGAAUCCCAAGUCCACUCUCUAUGCCUUAGCACAAGAUACUGUGCUCGUUUUCCAUGGGCAAACUGCAGGGAUCUUAAUUCCACAAAAAAAAA